AUGGCUGCCUCUCCUUUGAACCCAAAGUCCCAUUACCAUGUUCGCUCUAACAGCUUGCCCUCUAGGACACACCCGCUCAUUUCAGAGGUUGAAGAGCAAUUGAGCAGGUUGAGGGCUUCUGAAGCCACAUCAUCAUCAUCAUCAACAUCGUCAAUAAGCCAGAAACUAGGCGGCCUUCAAGAUUUACAUGAUCAUGUUGACAAGUUGCUUCAAUUGCCGCUCACUCAACAAACCUUGGCCCAAGAGCAGCAUGCGCAAUGGGUCGAAGAACUUCUGAAUGGAUCUGUUAGGCUCCUGGAUGUGUGUGGCAUAGCCAAGGAUGUCUUGUUACAGACAAAGGAAUGCACCAAUGAAAUUCAAUCCUUUAUGCGCAGAAGACGGGGAGGUGAUGCAGAGUUUGCAAGGGAGGUUAGGAAUUACUUGGUCUCAAGGAAGAGUAUUAAAAAGGCAAUCCACAAGACCCUUAAGGGCAUGGAAAGCAAGUGCAAUAACAAAAGCAUUGAGACCGUGGCCAUGGUUAACAUGUUAAGAGAAGUAGAAGCAGUCACUCUAUCUGUGUUUGAAUCCCUGUUGUCAUUUGUAGCUGGACCAAAGUUGCCAACAAAGUCAAGUGGCUGGUUUUUGGUAUCCAAGCUGCUGCAUCCUAAAAGAGUUUCAUGCGAGGAUGAAGAAACAAAACUUGAGAAGGUGGAUGCAGCAUUACAAUCUCUCCUCAGGACCAGCAAAUCUGAUGAUCUCGUCCAUAUAGAAAAUGCGCAGAACUUGCUGGUGAAAUUGGAGCCCAGCAUUCAAAAUCUUGAAGAAGAGCUUGAAUGUCUAUUUAGGCGUCUAAUAAAAACCAGAGUUUCCCUUCUUAACAUCUUCAAUCACUAG